CUACGAUCAUCAUCCAUCUUUUUAUUUCAUCAUCAUGGAUCGCAAAAUCUUUUCGUAUUGGUUUACUACUCACCUAGCAAUCUUAACCAUUCUCUUCAACGAUUCCGUUUCCUCGUUUCCUUCAGGAUAUAAUAAUGGUUAUAAUAAUGGUCACGGUUCUCAGGGAUACGGACUAAUUAGCAAUCUCGACUAUCGAUUCUAUGACCGGUCGUGUCCUCGUCUACAGAUGAUUGUUAAGUCCGGAGUUUGGAGAGCUUUUAAAGAUGAUUCUAGAAUCGCUGCGUCUCUUCUCCGUCUCCAUUUCCACGAUUGUUUUGUCAAUGGUUGUGAUGGCUCAAUUCUUCUGGAGGAUUCAGAGGAUUUCAAAGGAGAGAAGAACGCUAGGCCAAACCGAAACUCAGUUCGUGGUUUCGAAGUCAUUGAAGACAUUAAAUCUGAUAUUGAAAGCUCUUGUCCCUUAACUGUUUCAUGCGCCGACAUAGUUGCUCUUGCAGCUAGAGAAGCCGUCGUCCUCACCGGAGGGCCGUUUUGGCCGGUGCCGUUGGGGAGAAGAGACUCGUUGACGGCGAGUGAGCAAGCGGCGAAUACAAAUCUGCCGUCACCGUUUGAGCCGUUGGAGAAUAUAACGGCCAAGUUCGUGUCCCUUGGACUCGACCUCAAAGAUGUUGUUGUCCUCUCAGGAGCACAUACUAUAGGAUUUGCACAAUGUUUCGUGUUCAAGCACAGGCUCUUCAACUUCAAGGGCUCAGGCCAGCCUGAUCCGAACCUAGCCGCCUCCUCGGCUCUUCUCUCUAAGCUAAAGGACACGUGUCCUAACGUGGACUCAUCUAACUCUAAACUUGCUGCUCUCGACGCAGCUACUGCCGUCAAGUUCGACAAUGCAUACUACGUGAACCUAAUGAACAACGUUGGACUGCUCGAUUCCGACCAAACCCUAAUGACGGAUUCUACGGCUGCUGCAAUGGUGAAAUCGUACAGCGAGAAUCCGUACUUGUUCUCGAGGGAUUUUGCGGUUUCAAUGGUCAAAAUGGGGAAGAUCGGAGUUAUGACCGGAACUGAUGGAGUGAUUAGAGCAAAAUGUGGAUUUCCAGGUUAAGUUAAAUGGGUACUCCUUUGAACGCCAACAUAUCUAGAACUAAUCUAGCUUUUAAAAUGAAUAAAUAUAGACCAAAGUCCAUGAAUAAAAAAUGUUCAUAUAUAAAUAUAUAUGGUGUAAAAUCAGCUUUAUCUGUCUAUUAUGGAUCACAGAGACAAAAAAAAAAAAAAAAUACACUUGGAGUUGUAUUGUGUGUAAUGGAAUAUGUAUUUGUCUUAGUAUGUGUUAUAUCCCAAA